CGCUAAGGCUUAUGGGCAUUUUUUUUCAAGAUGGCUGUCCAGCGAACGAAAGCGUGAACAGAUCGCGACGAUUUCUCGUAUUUUUCAUCACUAAGGACUUUUUCGGCACUGUAAUACUUUCAGGUUGUCAGCGUAAGCAUAGUUGAGAGCGGUAGUCCGAACAUACUGUGUCCACCACUCCCGCAACAGUAAGGAGAGCCCUCAUCAGCCGCGUUACCUCAGCCGCUGAGAGGUUCAGAAAGAAAAGCCACUUUUCUCGACAGUUUUCAGAAAGAGCAUAAUUUUCUCAUCAUGGGAAAGGAGAAGGCGGGUUUCCUAUCACCAAAGGCAAUCAGCAACAGGAUCAAGGCAAAGGGUUUACAGAAGCUUCGCUGGUAUUGUCAAAUGUGUCAGAAGCAGUGCAGGGACGAGAAUGGCUUCAAGUGCCACACCAUGUCAGAGAGUCACCAGAGACAGCUGCUGCUCUUUGCUGAGAGUCCAGACAAGUUCUUGGACUACUUCUCACAGGAGUUUUUAAAUGGAUAUCUGGAACUUCUCAGGAGACGAUUUGGUGACAAGAGAGUCCACUGUAACAUAGUGUACAAUGAGUACAUCCAGGACCGUGACCAUACCCAUAUGAACUCCACACAGUGGCUGACUCUGACAGACUUUGUCAAGUGGCUGGGGAGGGAAGGUUAUUGUAAAGUGGAUCACACAGAGAAGGGCUGGUACAUCCAGUACAUCAACCGGGACCCUGAAACCAUCGCUAGGCAACAGGAACUGGAGAAGAAGAAAAAGAUGGACAUGGACGAUGAAGAACGGCAGGCCAAGUACAUCCAGGAACAGGUAGAAAGAGGGAUGCAGGGGGGCGGGGAGCAGGCUUCCCAUGAGGCCACAGAGCUGCAGAGACAGAGUGAGGAGGAGAAGAUUGUGUUGAAGAUGGGUUUGGGUGGGAAGAAACCUACCAGCUCAUCAGCACCUUCAGCAGAGUCUAAACCAUCCUCCUCUAAAGCUGCUGAGAACCCACUACAGGCCUUAGCUGCUGGUGCAAGGAAGAAGGAUGUCCAAGCAGUCACGUCUAAGAAAGAUGGAGCCAAGAAACGGUCGGCUCUGGAUGAGAUCAUGGAAGAGGAGGAGAAGAAGAAGGCCAAGUUCACCAGGAAGGACCAUUGGCUGACUCCUGGCAUUAUUGUCAAGGUCAUUACUAAGAAGCUGGGACAGAAAUAUUACAAGAAAAAAGCAGAGGUGUUGGCAGUGAAAGACCUGUAUACAGCUGUCCUGAUGUUGGUGGACUCGGGUGACAAGUUGAAAGUUGACCAGACUCACCUGGAGACGGUCAUCCCCGCGGUCGGCCGGCCGGUACAGGUGGUGAACGGCACGUACAGCGGCUGCAGGGCGGUGUUGGAGGGGCUGGAUGAGAAGAACUUCUGUGUCACCAUCAGGAUAGACUCGGGUGUGUCUAAGGGCAGGGUGGUGGAAGGUGUGAAGUAUGAAGACAUCUGCAAGAUUGCCAGCUAACACGGUGGCAGGCCAUCAACAGGGACGGGGAUGGUCUGCAAAUGGGGGUCAGCGUUAAGCUUCAGGACAUGUAGGAGGGAUUAUCUGCUCUUGUAUAUAAUGAUUGUUUGUAUCUACCAGUCUACUUUAAAGCAUUUACACAGGAUACCCCAGUAAUAAAAUAUCCUUAAAUGUUGAUCAGUUUCUGUACAUUGCAGUGUUCAGACCAAACCAUGUUAUUUUUUAAUCAGUGUACAUCAUCAAUAUCCAGAUUUGUUAAACACAUAAUAAUGAGCGUGUUAUAUUGUGUUGUUCCACUUUUCUCAACUUAAUUAAGACACUGAGAAAAAAAUUGCAGCAUGAUAUUUGUUGUACAUGUACUUACUGGAUCUGACAUGUUUGUCAUUCUGUCUUAAUCUUAGAUUAUACACCUUGUAUCUAGUCAAACCAUUCAUGAAUAGGUUGUGCCUAAAAAAAGUAUUUCUCACCUAGCUAUGGCAUAUGUGAUAGCAUACUGUAUUCAAAGAAAGGGGAUACAAGUCAUAGUCCUCUCUGUGUUGAAAUAUCUACCACAUAAAACUUAACAUUUUGCUUUUGAAAUACCAUUUUAACCUACAGAGUAUUUUGGAAUAAACUGAUACAAAAGAA